GGAGGCGGGUACUCCCAGCCUAGCCGGGGAGGCUCGUGGUGCCUGAAGUCAACUAUUGCCCUGGGAGGGGUUUUUUCUCCUGCACGGCAUCCAGAAGGUAGUCUCUCGGGUGACGGCGACGUUAACUGCGAGCGGGGUUUCCGUCGCAACUGCGCACGCUGGAGUCCCGGUGCGGGAGCGGCGAUUCUGCGGUCCAAGAACAUAACAGAUUAAAGAAUGACAACUCCAUUCUACAACAACAAAACCUUCAGUAAUACAAUGUCUUUACCAGCUUUACAAUGAUUAGGAAUGACUGUGUAACUGUCUACUACUGGCUAAACAGCAUUCAUUGGAAUAUUUGGUCUUAAAGGCACAAAAUUUGAAUGUGGAACCUUGGUCAAAUCUAAACAGUGUGAUGUUGAAAUGAGAUGAGGCUCCGAAAUGGAACUGUGGCCACUGCAUUGAUUUUCAUCACAUCUUUUCUCAGUUUAUCAUGGUAUACAGCAUGGCAGAAUGGAAAAGAAAAGCUGGUUGCUUAUCAAAGAGAGUUUCACGCUUUGAAGGAACGCCUUCGCAUAGCUGAGCACAGAACCCUGCAACGUUCUUCUGAAUUAAAUACCAUCUUGGAGCAGUUCAGACGGGCAGUAGCAGAAACAAAUGGAAGUAAGGAUGCAUUGAGCAGUGUUUCAGAUGAAACAUUAAAGUUAUUAAAUGAACUGACAAGCAGAAGAUCUCUUCAAGUGCCAAAUAUAUAUUACCACUUGCCUCAUUUGUUGAAAAAUGAAGGAAGCCUUCGACCCUCUGUACAUGUUGGCCUCGGACGAACAGGAGUUUCUAUAGUAAUGGGGAUUCCAACUGUCAAGAGAAAAGUAAAAUCUUACCUUACUGAAACUCUUCACUCGCUGAUUGAUAAGCUGUCACCCGAGGAGAAAUUGGAUUGUGUUAUGAUUGUAUUCAUAGGAGAGACAGAACUUGACUAUGUAAAUGGUGUUGUGGCAAACCUUGAAAAAGAGUUUUCUUCAGAAAUUCGUUCUGGCUUAGUGGAAGUAAUAGCUCCUCCUGCGUUUUACUAUCCUGACAUGAAAAAUCUAAAAGAGACAUUUGGAGAUUCAAAAGAAAGAGUCAGAUGGAGGACAAAGCAAAAUCUGGAUUACUGUUUUCUUAUGAUGUACGCACAGAAAAAGGGUGUAUACUACAUUCAGCUUGAGGAUGACAUCGUUGUCAAGCAGAAUUAUUUCAGCACAAUAAAAAAUUUUGCACUUCAGUUGUCAUCAGAAGACUGGAUGAUUCUAGAAUUCUCUCAGCUGGGAUUCAUUGGUAAAAUGUUCCAGUCUCCAGAUAUUACACUCAUUGUAGAGUUCAUACUUAUGUUUUAUAAAGAGAAACCAAUUGACUGGCUUUUGGAUCACAUUCUGUGGGUGAAAGUGUGCAAUCCAGAGAAAGAUGCAAAACAUUGUGAUCGCCAGAAAUCAAAUCUCAGAAUACGGUUCAGACCUUCACUUUUUCAGCAUGUGGGUCUACACUCUUCCCUAGAAGGAAAGAUUCAAAAACUCACAGAUAAAGACUUCCUGAAACCAUUAUUGCAUAAAAUUCAUGUGAAUCCGCCAGCAGAGGUUUCUACAACAUUAAAGGUCUACCAAGGGCAUGCUCUUGAAAAAGCCUACAUGGGUGAAGACUUUUUUUGGGCUAUCACACCAGUUGCUGGAGAUUAUAUCUUGUUUAAAUUUGACAAGCCAGUUAAUGUAGAAAGAUUCCUGUUCCAUAGUGGCAAUCCAGAACAUCCAGGGGAUAUAUUGGUCAAUACAACUGUGGACAUAUUACCUCUUAAGAAUAAAGAGCUGUUAUUAAGCAAAGAAACCAAAGAGAAACGGUUAGAAGAUGGUUAUUUCAGAAUAGGCAAAUUUGAAAAUGGCAGAGCAGAAGGAAUAGUCAGUCCCAAUUUAAAUCCAAUUACAGCUGUCCGGCUGUUCGUCAUACAAAAUUCAUCUGUCUGGGCAAUUAUAAAUGAGAUUCUCCUGCACAAAUCCCACCGAAAUAAGAAGGGUUUCCACAGAAGAACAUCCUCAUGAGAGGUUCACAGAAUCAAGGAUAUGGUGUUCAAAGAUACAAACAUGGCAUGCAAGAACUUUGAAGAACAUUACCUAUGAUUUUCACAGCCUUGGAAUUAAGGAAUUUUAUAUUUCAAUAGAGUGAAUGAAGUCUGCAGCAAUUUAAAGUUUGAAUCAUUACCCAUUAAAGGGGUACUUUGAUAACAGGUUGUUCUUUUUUAAUCUUUGUAAAGUUUUCUUCAAUGCAAUCAACCAAGUUGCUCCUUUGGAUAGCAAUGCCUUCUGAAAUCAACUUUUUUUGGUUUUGCAACCCCUUUUCAAUGAACUCUGCUCAGUGCUUUUGAAUGAUUUAAUUUAGCAUUAUGUUAGGGAUAAUGGAACAGAUACACAGUAACCUCAGCUGAGCUUUUAUAAUUGUAACUUUGUCAGUCCUUAAAUGUGGAAGUGAUUUCUAUUUCUUAAGAUCCAGCUUCUGCUUAAAAUUAGCAUUGCACUCCAACUGACUGAAGCAAGGCUUCUGUGAUCUAAAUGCUUCUUUUCUUUUAUAUUUCAAAGAAAAAAGAUGUUUGCUUGGUCAGUAGCCUUGAAAAGAGGCAAUUCAAGCACUUUGUGCUCUGUAGCACAGAAAACAUGCAAUAGUAAAGUAAUAAUAGUAACAAAACUUUUUUUCUUAUCUAACUCCAGCCAAGUUAUGAAAACCAAGGCUUUUUUUUUAGUUCUGUGACUCACGCAGGUAAAUUAAAUCUUCAAUAGUGGUAGCUUGUGUUGUGAAUUAAUUCUUAGAUAUUUCUGUGUCUCAGAUGUAAGUUUUUGCCAAAAAUCAGUGUCUCUCUUGCCUUCUAUAGAAAUUAUUUGUAAGGAAUUGAAGGGAUUGGAUAUCUAUUUUCUAUUUGAGUCUAACCGCUUCUAAAGAAAAAAAAGAUCACAGUAUGAAAAAAUACUUGAAUUGUUUCAAAUUAUUAAAGACUUGAGAUUGCUUUGAUUUUAAAUAGAUGGGAUCCUAUAUUUAUGAAAUAGUUUUGCUCAAAUUCUUUGUUGGUUGGGGACAUAUUCAUACAAAAGUGCUUAUAUGACAUACUAGCUAAGUUAUAAAUUUGAAUAUUACUUCCAUAAAAGUAAUGGAUGGCCUGUACUGAUUCUAAAAUGAAAGGAAUAGUAAUAAUGGCCUAUUUUACGGACAUAUAAUAAACUAAUGCAGAACUCUGAUUCCUAAAUGUUCAAUACAUCUUAAAUGUUAAACUUAUUUUUAGAUAACCUGUAAGCUGCCUGUAAUAUUGAACACUAAUUGAAUGUGCAUUUAAUAUUGACAUGCCACAUUGAGGUGGGUGCGUGGUAUAAGGGAUAUUUAUGAUAAACUUAAUAAUGAUAAUCAAGAUUAAUGUUUUCCUACACAAAAAUAAGGUUGGGUAGGAAAAGCACAGAGAAUUGGUGAGAAACUGUUCAAAAUAUGUACCUUUUUUAUAUAGAA